AUGGCGGAAGACGAAGAAAAGAUUGCUGUUAUCAACCGCAUUUUCAAAGAGGCAAACAAGCAUUACGUCUGCCCUGGUUGUCUCAAAAGUUACGCCGAUUUCAACCUAUUGAAGAACCAUCUCAAGAGGAAGACGGACGAAAUCCAUGCAGGGCUUAUGUCUGAGGAACAGUCAAGUUUCGACCACAGCUAUAGAAGGCUAGUUGGGCGGGAAGAUAGGGACGGGAAAUUUGUUUUGCCCUCUGAUCGAGCAGCUGCAUUUAAAAUAAGCUUUUUUGUUCAGCACAGAGUGUUGAAGAUUCCGCAUCCCGUUGUCUCGAGGAUGCAAUCACUUUUGGAAAUUGCAGCGGCAUCGGGGAUGAAGUUUGUCUGCCCUCAAUGCGUUGAUGAAGACUUUGGAUAUUUCAACACCAUGACUGAUUUCCGAGAUCACUGUCGACAAAUGUGUAACAAAACACACGGGGGCCUGAUGUCAACUGAUGAGGGGACGUUUUUCCCGUAUUACUUGGGAGCCAUGAAACGUAAGAAAGUCAAGGACCCGCUGUCUGGACGCCCCCGACGUGGGCCACCGUCGUUCCACCAGUAUCUAAGCAUUGGUUAUGUCUUUCAAGAAAAAGCCUUUGGCAUAACACCUGAACAAAACAUCUCUGGGGACGUUGGUACGAGCGAUUAG